AUGCUAGGAACAAGAAGUAUAUUUAUCUCAUGUCUGAAGAAGAAAAUAACCAGCUAUAGGGAAAUUUCCACUCUUUCAAGAACUCAAAUCUUCCAUUUCAUAAGAGGAAAAGUCAACUAUAACAGACGUUAUGCCUCUGAUAAAGUCCGAGGACAUGUUAUUGGCAUUGAUUUGGGUACCACAAAUUCGUGUGUUACCAUCAUGGAGGGUAAAACCCCCAAAGUGUUGGAGAAUGCUGAAGGAUCCCGAACGACCCCCUCUGUAGUUGCUUUCACCAAGGAUGGAGAACGUCUAUGUGGCAUGCCUGCUAAGCGACAAGCAGUGACAAAUGCACAGAACACUUUCAGUGCUACCAAACGUCUUAUUGGCCGGCGAUUUGAUGAUAAAGAUGUACAGAAAGAUAUGACAACAGUACCUUUCAAAAUUGUGAAAGCUUCCAAUGGAGAUGCUUGGGUUGAAAGCAAUGGAAAGAUGUAUUCCCCCAGUCAGAUUGGUGCAUUUAUUUUAAUGAAAAUGAGAGAGACUGCUGAGAGUUACCUAGGAACAACAGUGAAAAAUGCUGUUAUCACUGUUCCAGCUUAUUUUAAUGAUUCACAAAGACAGGCUACAAAAGAUGCUGGUCAGAUAGCAGGCUUGAAUGUUCUGCGUGUCAUUAAUGAACCAACAGCAGCAGCUCUUGCUUAUGGCAUGGACAAAAGUGAAGACAAAGUGUAA